CUAAAGUAAAAAUAAAGGAUGAUCAUAAGGAAAUUGAAGUCAAGAAAACUGAUACUGAAGCUGAUGACAAUGUGGAUAAUUAUGAUAAAAAAACCUCCAAAUGGGACAAAGAACCCAAUUAUACUAGCAACAACAAAAUUUGGUAUUCUUGUGAAGAUUGGAUAGGCCUAAACAAUAGUGGAAAAACUGAAAAGAAAAUUUCAAUAAGAAAUGAGAAAUCUGUUAAAAUAGAUAGUAUCUAUAGGAUCGAAGCUGAAAAAGACAAUUAUAAGACAUUCACUAAUUGA